AUUUCCAGUGACAGAUAGUGUUUUCGUCGACCGACGGCCGACCAGAUAUUUUAUCCCUAGCAGUAAUCUAAGAAUAUUUGAUUUGUUUUAAGAUGGCAGACAUCAAUUAUUCUGCUGGGGAUGUAGGUGCGAUCCUCCCUCAGAUCGUCAGGGAACUCCAGAAAACAACUUUGCAUUCACAACUCAAACAGGCAGCACAGGUGAUUGCUGCAAUGCCCGAUAUAAAUAUUUCUGACUUGGAAUUCACAGUGCCUGAAAAACUUACAGAUACAGGAUGGGAACAGAAACUGCACAAUGCAGUUUACAGACACCUUCGACACUACAGACCCAUGCCCCACCCGGACACACCCCAAGAACAAAUGAAGGAAUCUUUAGCGUACAUUCGAAGAGCACAGUCUACCUGGGAGAAACGGAUCUUGAAAAGUCUCAAUAGCAUGUGUACAGAACUCUCCAUUCCAUUGGCAAGAAAGAGACCACUAUCAGAGCAGAAUGAACUCAGAUCCCACUGGAAUGAACUUGGAACUGAGGAGCCAGAUUUAGGCAACUUUCGACCAGUUUAUGGACCAAAGGACUUUUUGGAUAUGCUCACAACUAUCAAACAUCCCAAUCUUGCCUCAAAUGGCCAAACAUCAUCACCACAAUGGGGAUUGAUAUAUCUACCUCUAAAAGUCAAGACACUGCCUCAGUUACAAGAGGAGUAUAAGGACCUAUCUCCAAAGCAGCGGCAAACAGGCGUAGAUGACACAUCGGAUUUCCCCGGAGAGCUGUUUGACGGAGAAAGGAUGAAGCUAGGGAGACGCGUCAUCCAAGCAAACCACACAGCAGUGGCUCAGCAGUAUGCCAAGAGUGGCUGCCCCAGUGGGCUCAGGGGUCAAAUCUGGAAGCAGAUCCUUGGAGUAGCGGUCGAUCAUACGGUAAGUUUAUGGGCAGCCUACUUUCAAUGUCCGGUUUUCUUUCUUUGUGAAAGUUUGUUUGUGGAAUGACUCCAUAUUGCACAGUACUAUUGCUACAUGUACCUCUGGAAUGUUAAUUUCUUAA